CCAAGGUGUCGUGACGUGUUCCUCACAUUCACGUUAUGCGCGUCUUGUGCUUGGCGCUGGCGAGUGCGGCGGCAGUCUUGUCUGCGGAUGCAGCUGCGUUGCCCAAGGCCGAAGUCGGCAAAGUAACCAUUGCGGCAGAAAACGCAUUUGCCAGCGGUGACAUGAAAAAGGCCAUCUCGCUCUACUCGCAAGUCCUUGAAGUGGACCCGAACGAACGGUUGUACUACAAGCGGUACCGUGCGUACCUCGCUGAACGCAAAUAUGCCUCGGCCCUGGCGGACCUCACGUCCGCGGUCAAAUUCAAGCCCACGUACACCCAGGGAUACCUGCAACGUGGCCGGUUGAACUUGAUGACGGGCAACUGCGCGGACGCUGUCGAGGAUUUCACCAAAGUCGUCGCAUUGGACCCUAAUAAUGUUGGCGGCAACGACAACCUGGCCAAGAGCCACGACUGCGCGCAUCACCUCACGCAUGCCGCAGAAGCGCAGGCAACUGGCAACUUUGACAAGGCAGUGCAGUCCCUCACCCACGCCAUCGACAACUACGCCGUGUCGAGUCCGUCACUUCUCCUUCAACGAGCCGAACUCAACGGAUUCCUCGGCAAAACGUUCGACUUGAUCGCCGACACCGGCAGCAUUCUACGCAUCGAGCCGGGCAGCCUCUCGGCGCUCAACCUGCGCGGCGAAGCGUACUACUCGCUCGGCGACAUCCAGUCGUUGGAGGCAGCCGUGACACACUUUCGCCAGGGGCUUCAGUUCGACCCAGAGCACAAGGCCAUGAAAGCCUUGUAUAAGAGGACCAAGAAAUUGCUCAAACUGAUCGAACACGCCCGCGUGGCGGCUGAAUCCCACCAAUAUGCGGAAGCGGUGGACGACUUGGAGGUGGCUGUGGGGCUGGACCCGAGCCACAGCGCCUUGAACAAGGACCUCAACUUCAAGCUGUGCGACGCAUAUGCGCACUUGCAAAAGCAUGUCCAAGCGAAAGCCGCGUGCGCUGCCUCGUUGCACGUGCAUGAAGAGAGUGCCGACGUCCACGCCAAGCUGGGCGACGUGCUGAUCAACUUGGAAGAGUACGACGAGGCCGUGCGCCACCACCGCCGCGCCGUCGAGCUGGACGAGAACGACCGAUCGUUCCACGAAGGCCUUCGACGUGCGGAAGCCGCGCUGAAGCAGAGCAAGACAAAGAACUACUACAAAAUCUUGGGUGGGGUUUCUCGUUGCGGAGAAUUCCACCGACUUGAUGACGUUUUGGCUAGACAUUCCUCGAGAUGCUUCCAGCCAAGCUAUCAAGAAAGCGUACAGGAAGAAAGCGCUGGAGUGGCAUCCCGACAAGCAUGCGGACCGUGGGGACGCGGCGUCAGAAGAAGCAACCAAGAAGUUCCAGGAGGCGGCGGAAGCGUACGAGAUCCUCUCGAACGAAGACACCCGAGCGAGGUACGACCGAGGCGAAGACGUGACGGGCAACCCGCAGAACCAGCAACAGAACCCGUUCCAUCAAGGAGGGAACUUCCACUUCCACUGGGGAUAAGUAAGCUACGAUAGCAGAAUGAGGAGUGCCGUGGACGUCAAGUUGAUAAGCAUCAUGUGGUACAUAAUACAGUUUGUUUCUGCUUAUA